UUUGCAAAAACAACACAAACUUUGACAGCCACAGCGUUUGGCCUGUUUACGAAAACGUGCUACAAGUCCGGUCGCAUCAUGUAUUCUGCUGCGGGGAGAAAAAGCAAGCAGGGUGAUUUUUCCAUCAAAAUAGAAGCAACUUGGGAACCUGAUGUUUGCGUUCCGCCAGUCGUAGACGAGGACGAUGGAGAUGGCGAUCUGGAGCAUAACGUAGGAGAAAAGUCCAGCCAAUCGAAAGAUAUUCUAGCGGAACUAUGUAAGCAGCGGGCUAUACCCAGUAGUUUGGAAUUACAACUACAAGAGUACUUUCGGCAACAUCCACACAUCCAACCACUUCCGCCAUCGCAAUCGAAUGCCGUCGACAUUGAUCUGGCCGACACGGAUGAAGAAACUUGGAUCAUACAGUGUCCCAGCACCAUCGACGUUAAAGCUGAACUCUUGAAUAAGAAAAUUAACCUUGCAGCACCCCAUUCAAUGAUCAAACACUGUUCCGUACCACUCGAAGCUCACGUCCAGAUCAAUACUGAGGAACGGGUGAUUGGGUUGCAGUCAGGAUCGCGCGUAAAAUCAUUCGUGCCUGCCGGAUUUGUGCGCAUUAACCAAGCGCUAACUGCACUGGAGGUACCGGUACCAUCAAACACGAGCAAUGCUAACCACAUUACUGUACCAUAUCCGGAGGAAAUACGCGUACGCCAUCCUCUGCUCGGGUACGAUUUUAACGAACAUAUGAGGUUACCAAAGCGCGUGCGGAAGCAGCUAUCGUUUGCUCAGCAAAAAGCUGCAUUAAUGUAUCAAAACGCUGGCAAGACUAAGACAUCAAAGAAGAAAUCCAAUACUGCUGCAGAAUCAACAUCGGAUGAUCAGCAAACCGUGUCAACUAAAACGAGAAAACGAAAACAGCCGUCCGACGAGGACGAUGUGAUUCCGCGAACAGUUAAGCAGGAACCACUGUCACCGAAGCAGAAGAAAAGUAAAAGUACUGACGAAGUACAAACAGUAAACAUUAAAAAGGAAGUAACGAUGGAGGAUGAUAUUUCCUGGCUGCUUAACAUCUAGCACGCAUAUACAUCCAAUAAAUGUAAUAUUCAUACAAGCCUUUAUGAAAAGAA